CAUACUAACGUACGCAUUAAUACCCGGCCGAAAGACGAUCACUCUCACAAGCAAAACAAUAUUUUUCCCAGCGAUACGUUUUCAAUCUCCUCUCUACUUUCUUUUUUGUUUUUCUUUAAUAUAUUUUUGCUUAAACACUCACGUGAAAAUCUUCAUCCUUUUUUGAAAAAAAAAUCCCUAACUCUAACAAUGCCGGCGAAUCACCACCGGUUUAGCAACCGGAUAGUCUUACUCUUCCUCCUAACACUCGAAACAGCGCGGCGUCCAGCUUCCGGCGACUCAAACGACGCGGCGUGUCUCGCGAAUCUCCACCAAACCCUAGAAGACCCCGCGAACAAUCUCCACAACUGGACCAAACCCUUCUUCUCCAACCCCUGCCCCGCCGUCUCCGACUCCCACCUCCGCGGCGUCACCUGCAACAACGGCAGAGUCUACAAACUCUCCCUAACAAACCUCUCCCUCCGCGGCUCCAUCUCCCCUCUCAUCUCCAGCUGCACCAACCUCCAGUCCCUCGAUCUCUCCUCCAACCAGAUCUCCGGCGAGAUCCCGCCGGAGAUCCAGUCCCUAUCCAACCUCGCCGUUCUCAACCUCUCCUCCAACCGUCUCUCCGGCGAGAUCUCGCCUCAGCUCGCGCGGUGCUCUUUCCUCAACGUCAUCGAUCUCCACGGUAACGGACUCUCCGGCGCGAUCCCGCAGCAGCUCGGGACUCUCGCGAGGCUAUCGGCGUUCGACGUGUCGAAUAACAGGUUGUCCGGUCAGAUUCCGGCGAAUCUGGGGAUGAUGCGUAGUGACGGAAACUCGGCGAGGUUCAAUUCGAGCUCGUUCGCGGGGAAUAAGAAGCUGUAUGGGUAUCCGUUGGAGGAGAGGGAGAGGAGCAAGGGGUUGUCGGUGAUGGCGAUCGUUGGGAUUGGGCUUGGGAGUGGAGUCGCGAGUUUGGUGAUUAGCUUCACGGGAGUGUGUAUAUGGUUGAAGGUCACGGAGAAGAAGAUGGAGGAGGAAGAAGGAAAGAUUAGUCACUCCAUGCCUGUUUACUAAUCCAAUGUUAUUAUUAACAAACAAAACUAAAGAUACAAAAUAGGGAAUUCAUAAAUGCGAAUUUACUCUUGAUAAUUGCUCUAAUCUUUGUUUAGAUGUAUUUAUUUCUGUUCAUCUUUUGGAUUUUCUCUUUGUUUUAGUUAACUUAUCCUAAAAUAAAUGUGAUUUGUAAUUGGGUAUAUAUUAACAAGAAAAGGCAAGACUGGUUUGUGGAAUACUACGCU